UCAAAUCGUAGCAGCUAAUACAGCGUUGGCAGCUGUUAUUUGUUUGCAUUGAAAAUAGAAAACGCAAUUUUAACUCGAUUAUAGUUGGAUAUAUCCUCAAUAUAAAAGAAUAUACUAAAAUUUAAUUUAAUUAAUUAAAAUUUAAGACAGUGAAAUGGAUUCCAAAAGUGCAAUGCAAUCAAAUCCUAGUCUUAGCCAAUAUUUCGCAGAUGAUCCGCCAAGCUUUUUUGAUGAAUUGGCAAACAACAGCACACAGAAGGAUAGUGUAGACAACGUUACCGGCACAGCACCAGUAGCACCGCCACGUACAAAUCAAAAACCGCAACCAGCACCGAGCAAUUUGACAGCGCAUACAUUUAGCGGUGCUUUUAAAGCGCCGGAAUAUGUAGAGAACGCUUUGGACGGUGAAGAUGAUCUCAAAGUUUCAGAGUAUGUACGAAAUUUCUGGGAGCCAGCAACUAGUGAGCAUGGUGGUGUACGUCCGCCAUUGCUAACAACACCGGGCAUACAAACGCCAAAUGAUUUGCCGGACUUAAUAGCCGAGGCAGUGCUGAAACAUUUAGGCGAAGCUGAGUUGUCACAACGCGAUAUACUCGGCAUAGACAGUGUUACACAGGAUGAGCGUGGUUUGCGUACCUUAAUCAGCGCAGGUUGCUACCGUGCGGCAGUAAAUCUAACUGGACGUUUAUUGACAAUUUAUGGACAGGGUUAUGGACGUGCAGGACAACCGGCCAAACAUUCACCACACUCACUGCAGUUAUGGUUCACACGCUUGGCCUUGUUAGCUAAACUGGGUGAAUUCGAACUUUUACAGGCGGAAGCAGAACCAUUCGAACAGCUCAAUCGUCCGGAUGUUUACUAUGAGUUCUACCCCGAAAUGUAUAAUGGCAAAACGGGUUCGAUAGCUUGCUUCUCAUUUCGUUUACUACUCGCUGAGUUGCCCAUUUAUUUGAAUAAUCCACACUUGGGUUUAGAUCGACUCUCCGAACUGUAUGUGAUAUGUAAUGAAAUACGUAGAUAUUUCAGCGGACGUGAGCCUAAAGAAGCUGAGCAAUUUUGGUGGCGUCGUGAGAUGCGUGUGCUACAUGCCAUAGUCAAUUGUGCGCUGAUAAUGAAAAAGUUCAAUUUAAUUGAUGACAUCAUACGCGGCAUGAUAUUGGAAAAGAAUGAUUUAAGUAAAGAAGAACGUCGCGCCUUGUAUUCGGCAUGGGGACGCAUUUACCUGCAAAUUGGUGACAUAUUUGGUGCUGAACAAAAAUUUGCCGAGGCGCGUCGCAUGCGCGAAAUCAAUUCCACAGCGGACUUACGUGACUUGGUCGACAAAGGUCUAAUUACCGUAGCCGAAAAUGAUUUCCGUGGCGCUUAUGCGAUUUUCCAAAAGGCUUUACACUUAGAAUCCGGCAACACAAUGAUACUAAAUAACAUGGGUGUUUGCCUGCUAUAUGAGGGCAAACUAAAAGAUGCUAUCAAACUAUUCGAACACGCCAUCAAUUUGAAUCCGCAAAAAUCGCUGAAUGAGAGCUUAUUGGUAAAUUUAUCCACACUUUAUGAGUUGGAGUCGAAUAAUUCCAAGCAUAAAAAGCUAAAUUUACUGCGGCUAAUCAAUAAAUACAAACCUGAUUUGAAUAUGGAUUUAAAGAUUUGCUUGAAAUUGGAAACUGUAAAUUGAUAUGAAGUGCACACUAUAUUUAUAUAAAUUUAAAAGUUACAGUAAAAAAAGACACACACAAUAAGAAAAAAAGUAUUCAUUCGGCUUUAAGCACUAUUAUUUCUGUAAAAAUAAAAAAAAUUCCCUCCAUGCAACAAGUUAUUAUGUAAAUGUAUUGUAUAAAUGUUUGUAAUUUGUAAGUGAAAUAAAUAUAUACGACUUAUAUAUGUAUAAACUA